AUGGAUGAACUGAAGAAGAAGAGAAACAUCAGAGGAGGACAUAGAGCUUUUGCAACGCAGUUGAUCAGACAGAUUGAAGAUAGUCUUGAAGAUCAAUUGAAGUUGAAGCAGCUUGAGAUACAGCUAGAUGAGAAAUUUGAAGUCUUAGAAAAAUUGGAUGACGAAAUUUUGGGUCUUGUAAGCGAAAUUGAUGAAGAUGGUUUGGGAUGCUUACAAGAAAUUUCUGAGGCUGGAGAGAUGAAGGAAAAAAUAAAUCUAGCGCUGCUCAAGUUGAAGAGUUUAGUGAAGAAUGAGAAGCAGUUGGAAUCGCAGAAGCCUAAUUUAACAAGACAUGGCUCAGAAGAAUCAGUUUAUUCUGUAGAAAGUUCAGCGUCGUCAGCAACUCGUAAAGUUCGUGCGAAGCUACCGAAGUUGGAACUGAAAAAAUUUAGUGGCCGCCCCCAAGAUUGGCAGGAGUUCUGGGAUAGUUAUAAAAGUGCGGUUUACGAAAACGAAGAGAUUUCAAAGAUUGACAAGUUUUCGUAUUUGAAGCACUAUUUGGAAGAGCCUGCCAAAAAAGUAAUUGCUGGACUUGCUUUGACUGAAAAAAAUUAUGACGUAGCUGUCGAUUUGCUUGAACAGAGAUUCGCGCGACCAACGACGAUAAAAAGGGCACAUAUCAACGAGCUUCUGAAUUAG